AUGGCGAUGACCCUCUGGUCCGUGGACGUCAAGAGCGGCGAGACCGUGUGGUCCAGGCGCUUGCUGGAAGGCCGCCGCGGCGCCGUCACCGGCGUCUCCCUCGUCGGCCCGCCGAGCGACGGGAGCGUCGUCGUGGAAGCCUACGUCAAGAACGCCAGCGGGGACCACGCGUUCACGCUCGCGUGGCUGUCCACCGAGAGGCCCCGCGCGGAGCUGCCAUGCCCGGUUAUGGUGAUGGACUCCGAUUUCUUCUGCUCUCGCGUGAUGCGGCGGGGAGGCGACCCCGCUGGCGGUGAGGCUGUCGCCGUUCGGAUAGAUGGUCACUUCAACGAUCAUCCGACGCUGUGGGAGCAGUUCGACGACGAAGAUGAUGAUGACGAGGAUGAAUACUCGGUGGAUUCGGAAGACGACGACGAUGACAGCAACAGCGAGGAGGAGGAGGAGGAGGAGGAGGGGAGCGACGGCGAGGACGACGGACAAGCGACCAGCGCCGACGAUAGCGUGAUGCUAAGCACGCUACAGACACUGCACCGUAGGAAGUACGCCCCCGAGGGGCAAUUCGUUGGAGGUUCUGCGCCGCGGUUCGCCUGCGCCGGGAGCACGGUCGGCGUCAUGCGGGUCGCCGCCGUGGAGAGCCGAGGCGGAGACGACAGCAAGCAGAUCUUGGUGCUCUACCGCUACACCCGCUUCAGGGCAACACCGGACGGCGUGGAACGGCGAGGGUGGCCGAAGGAGCACCAGCUCCGGUUCAUCGCCACCGGCGACCACGCGGCGAGGUCGCUGGCGUGGGCCGGAUCGUCUCUGGCCGUGCUGAUAUACCCCGGUUUCUUCAGCGAGAAGCUUGAGAAGAGCAAGCAUCUUGAGGAGAGCAGGAAGCUCCAGGAGCUAUGGUCUAGCUUGACGUCGCUGGUGAGCGUCCCGCCGGGAGCGAGACGCAUCGAGGUGUUGGUGGACGUCGGCAACCUCCAGCGGGCGGACUACACGCCCGCGAGCAUGAGGCACAUGUACGCCGCGCUGGAGAGCAUGGUGGCGGGCCCGGGGCCCGAGCGCUUCAUCGGCAUGGAGUUGCACUUGCCGGAGCCGGUACGGUGCGGCGCGGAAGGCGAAUCAGCCGACGAUGACGAUAGCGGCAGAAACGCGGACGAGCGGCCGGCAAAGCGGAGGAGGGUAGACGUCGCUGGGGAGGAUUGCCCCGUCUGCUUGCAGCUGCUGGAGGUGGAGGGCGACGACCUCGCCGCGUGGCCCGGGUGCAGCAAGCCGCACGUAUUCCAUGGCGCGUGCUUGGAGCGCGCCCUCGUGGAGAGCGUCCGGUGCCCGAUGUGCAGGCACAAGUUGUACAUGGAGCCCAAGCUAGAGUGA